AUGGACAUCUCAACACCAAUCAGACCAAACGACAUCUUCUCGGCGAAAGGGCUAGUAGUAGUCAUCACAGGCGGCGGCAGUGGUACGUUACUCAAGCUUCGAGCUACCCCACCAAGCCCCGCGCCCUCACGCCUCGACAUGCUCGAGCUCAAAGCUUACACCAUCACAGGUCUCGGUCUCGCCAUAGCAUCAGCACUCUACCAAAAUGGCGCUGAGCGAAUCUACCUCCUCGGCCGCCGCCGCGAAGUCCUCGAGCAAGCCGUCACCUCCCUCCAGGCCAAUGUACCGCGCGACUCCAACAACACCGGCACCCUCCACGCCCUUCCCUGCGACGUAACAGACCUCGCCUCCGUAAGAGCCGCCGCCGAUACGAUACAAAAAGACAUCGGCUACGUCGACGUCCUCAUCAACAACGCCGGCGUCAUCGGCCCCAAAAACGGCGCCGACAUCUACAAAGCCGAGUCCAUACAGCAGCUAUCAGAAACCAUGGUCGCGGGCUAUGAUGGUUGGCAAGACGCCAUGGCGAUAAACACGCAAUCCGUCAUCGGCGUCUCCGCCACCUUCCUCCCCUUGCUCGAAGCAGCGAACACGCGCCGCGGCUGGACACCCGGAAAAGUCACCGGCACAGGCAACGCGCGCGCCCGCGACACCACCCUCGCGACAGAAAACGGAAUCGACGCAGACGACGACCGCAUGGCCCACAUCAUAACCGUCGCAUCCGUCGCCUCCUACAUGCGCUGGGUCUCUGCCGGCCUCGCCUACAACGCUAGUAAAGCAUCCGCCGCCCACCUGGGCAAGAUGAUGGCGACCUUCCUGUCCGAAUGGGGUAUUCGGAGUAAUAUUGUGUGUCCCGGGCCGUAUCCGAGUGAUAUGACGGCUGGUUUGAACCCGGUGUAUGGGACGAAUCAGAUACCGCAGGGGAGGAUGGGCGGGAUUAAGGAUAUUUCUGG